UGACCUUCUUGGGAGAGCCAAACUGCCUCGUCAUCAAACAUAAAAAAUAACUAUAUACAGUUUAAAUUAUUCAUUUUUCCUUGUCAUUUUCUGUUGAAGCACAACUCAAAAUCCUCAACUCCGAAUCUUUUAUGUCAACAUAAAUUAAUCCCACUUGUCUAACAUUACCAUCUCUCCCAGAACUCUAACCAUGUCUAAUCUCCUCAACUUGGCUUCAAACUCCCUGUUCCCUCUCCUUGUUCUACCUCUCCUUUACUGGGGAUUCAACUUCCCCAGGCGCCAGCCCAAGAAAACCAACCUCACUUUCUACGUGCACGACUACUUAACUGGCCACGACACCUCCGCUGUCACGGUGGCGGGGAAAGACGGCCAUACCACCAGCGUCCUGCACUUUGGAACCCUAGUGGCAGUCGAUGAUCCGGUGACAGAGGGCCCGGACCCCAAGUCGAAAGAGAUUGGAAGGGCACAAGGGAUGUACAUAAACUCUCAGUUGGAUGGGAAAGGGCUGCACUUGGUGUUCUCAGUGAUAUUCACUGACGGGGAAUACAAAGGGAGCACCCUGGAAAUCCAGGGGGCUGAUAUCUUCGCGAUGAAGGAGAGAGAGUUCUCAGUAGUUUCGGGGACUGGAUACUUCAGGUUUGUAAAGGGUUAUGGGAUUAUGACAACUGAGAUGCUGGAUAUUCCUAAUCUCAGAGGUAUUCUUAAACUUGAUAUUACUGUCAAGCACUACUGAAUUUGAGUCUGUGUUCUAUGUCAUAAUUAGCUGGACUAAGUUAUAUAUCUUCUUCCCAUCAAGAUUUGGAUGAAUUUCAUCGUUGAUGCAAACCCUUUAUUGAUUUUGAGUAAUUUAAUA